GCCCCGCCCUCCACCAGGGACUCAUUGUGCAGCAACCGGAUUGACUCCUUCUCGUCCGCGCGGGCCAGCGGGAUCCGUACUUCCCUUCCCCCACCCUAACCUCACAAGCAAGUGCGCUCCCGAUAAGAAACAGAAAACUGCGGUGGAGAGGGGUUUGAAACCGCUCGUGUUGGGGCCCUCAACGCCAACAUCACCACUUCCUCCCUCCUCUCCCUGCCGCGCGCUCACUUUUUUAUAAUCUCCGUCUCCCCUUCCCCCAUCUCACGGCCUUUUCACUUAAAGCGCUGCCUCUUAAUUGGUUCAAACGCUCGAGACUUUUAACUUCUUUCCCUCUCCUCCCCCCCCCCCGUUCGUUGCGCGAGACCGCGAAAGGGCUAGGCAGGCAAUAAGCGCGCUCCGCGGGACUCAUUUUGGCAUCGGCCUAAGUCUACGGGCAUUUCGCUCUCCGUCGCGCGCAGGCAGGCAAGGCGAAGCGCGCUUAGAGCGGGAGGCAGUUUUGAUUCUCUCUUCCCCCCUCCCCUGCCGCCUUUUCCGAGUCUUUGCCCCUCCCACUUUUCCGCGACGGCAGGCCUCCCUGUCUGCCUGUUUCCCCUUCCGGGCCAGCAGGAGCGCGCUCGGUCUCGGCGGCUUGGUCUUAGACGCCUGCACGCCUUAUCUGCCGCAGCCGGUUGACCGGUUUGUGCCCCGUUUCCCACCCCCAGCCCUCAUCUUUUUCUUCUUUGCCUCCUCAAGCUGAAAAAAGCGGCGCUCAAAGGAGGGCGCGCGCCCUGAGGAGGAGGCCCUUGACUCUUUCCUCUCUUGUCCAACGGCCUUGCGCGCGUGCUGAGGGGGGGGGGUUCAGCCUGCGGCGUACGGCCCUUUUUCGCCGCCGCCAGCGCCGCCAUGUUGAAACAACCGCUACCGCCGCCUUCCCCUCAACCCAGUUCUGCCGCCUCGGGCCCCCCGCUGCCGACCACGCCGACGCCACCUCCCGCGGCCACCGCAGCAGCCGUCUCACGCAAAGCCAACCCACCCCCCGCCAGCCCCAACGGUAGCCUCAGCCCCGGGGCCACGGGUGGAGCCAGAGCCGCGACUGUGGCUCCCCCCGGGAGCGGAGGGGGAGGCCCCCCUGGAGGAAGCGGCACCAGGGGCCAGAGCACAGGCAAAGGACCUCCGCAGUCUCCUGUGUUUGAGGGUGUCUAUAACAAUUCCCGAAUGCUGCACUUCCUAACAGCAGUUGUGGGGUCCACGUGUGAUGUGAAGGUGAAAAAUGGAAACACAUUUGAGGGGAUUUUUAAAACCCUGAGCUCCAAGUUUGAGCUUGCUGUGGAUGCUGUGCACAGGAUGAUACCUGACCAGCCAGUAGGGCCCAGGAGAGAGGAUAUUGUGGACACCAUGGUUUUCAAACCUGCCGAUGUCAUGUUGGUUCACUUCCACAAUGUGGACUUUAACUACGCCACCAAAGAUAAGUUCACAGAUUCUGCCAUCGCCAUGAAUUCCAAGGUGAAUGGGGAGCACAAAGAGAAGGUGCUUCAACGUUGGGAAGGAGGAGACAGCAACAGUGAUGAUUAUGACUUGGAAUCUGACAUGUCAAAUGGCUGGGACCCAAAUGAGAUGUUCAAGUUCAAUGAGGAAAAUUAUGGCAUAAAAACCACCUAUGACAGCAGCCUCUCCUCUUACACUGUACCUCUUGAAAAGGAUAAUUCAGAGGAAUUUCGGCAGCGAGAAGCAAGGGCUGCCCAGCUGGCUCGAGAAAUUGAGUCAAGCCCUCAGUAUCGACUUCGCAUUGCCAUGGAAAAUGAUGAUGGGCGCACAGAAGAGGAGAAGCAUAGCUCUGUGCAAAGACAAGUGUCGGGAAGGGACAGUCCCAGUCUGGCGUCCAGAGAGGGCAAGUACAUACCACUUCCCCAGCGUGUCAGAGAAGGCUCACGCGGAGGUGUACGGUGCAGCAGUUCUCGGGGUGGAAGGCCGGGUAUGGGCUCCUUGCCACCCCGUGGAAGUGCUCAUCAUUCAGAAAGCAACACUGGCUCCAUUCCAGAGCAACGAGGCAUCAAUGGAGGUCCAUCCAGAAUGUCUCCAAAGUCUCAACGACCGAUUCGAGGGGCCAAGAGCAUGUCUUCCCCCUGCAGCCGUCCCAUAGAAGUCUCAGCUGCAACUUCUACAGUGGGCCGUCUCUAUGCUCCACGCUCUCCUAAGUCUGCCUCAGCUGUGCCAGUCUCUUCCCAGGAUCCUCCAGUGGGAUCAGCAGUCCCUGCUACUCCUGCAUCACCAUCUGAGUUGAGGCCUACCAUUGACUCUAGUGCUUCCCCAGCCCCACCUUCACCCAAAGUUCCAGCAUCUGCCCCUGUUGCUGCUGUUGAGGUUAAAGAGGUGCCUAGCUCUGCCUCUAAAGAACCCAGCAGGACCUUGGAAGCUAUGGGCCCCUCAGACUUGGUCAAACAAGCAAGCAAAGGUCUCCAAAAUGAACAGAAGAGAAAUCAGCUAGAGGAGCUGCGGAAAUUUGGAGCCCAGUUUAAGUUGCAGCCUAGCUCCUCCCCAGAGGCCACACUGGACCCUUUCCGACCCAAAGAGCCUCUUGAAGGGAAGGUGAAGGAAAAGCCCCCAGAGGCGUUGGUUGGAGCAGGGGGCACAUGUGAGAUGCCUGAUGAGUCCCCCAAGCCUAACUUAGAGCUGUCUGAAGGCAGCAGCAAGGAGGAGAAAGGGCCCUGUGAAGGAAUGGAACGCCAGACCCAGACUGCCAGUCCUCUAGGCAAAGGUGACACAGAUGACAAGGAGGAUGGUCCUGUCUCAGAGCAGGUGAAGAAGUCAACCCUGAACCCUAAUGCAAAGGAAUUCAACCCCUCAAAGACUCUCCUGUCUGUGAACAAGUCAACGAGUACACCCACGUCACCAGGACCACGCACUCACCCAGCACCCUCCAUCCCAGUGAUUACACCAGGGCAAAGUGGCAUGUACAGCCCACAAUACAUCUCUUACAUCCCACAGAUCCACAUGAGCCCAGCUGUGCAGGCACCCCAGAUGUACCCUUAUCCUGUUUCCAACUCUGUGCCUGGACAGCAGAGCAAAUAUCGAGGCGCUAAAGGCUCUCUGCCCCCGCAACGUUCAGACCAGCAUCAGCCAACCUCAGCUCCUCCCAUCAUGCAGGCAGCGGCAGCUGCAGGGCCCCCUCUGGUGGCUGCCACUCCAUAUUCCUCAUAUAUCUCCUACAACCCCCAGCAGUUCACAGGACAGCCCACCAUGAUGCAGCCCAUGGCACACUACCCCUCGCAGCCUGUCUUUGCCCCCAUGCUGCAGAGCAACCCACGUAUGAUGACUUCUGGCAGUCACCCCCAGGCCAUUGUUUCGUCAUCUACUCCCCAGUAUCCCCCAGCAGAGCAACCUACGCCCCAGACUCUCUAUGCCACAGUGCAUCAGUCGUAUCCCCACCAUGCCACACAGCUGCAUCCGCAUCAGCCUCAACCAGCUACCACACCCACGGGCAACCAACAGCAAGCGCAACAUGCCGCCCCCAGCCCUGUGCAGCACCAGGCUGGACAGCCACCUCAUUUGGCCAGUGCCCAGCAGCAGCAGAACCUGUACCACACGGCCACACUGACAGCUACACCACCUUCCAUAACGCCAGGGCCCAGUGCUCAGUCUCCACAGAGCAGUUUUCCCCAGCCAGCAGUCUAUGCCAUUCAUGCCCACCAGCAGCUGCAGCACGGCUAUACCAACAUGGCCCAUGUCACUCAGGCUCAUGUCCAGACUGGAAUUGCAGCUGCCCCACCACCUCAUCCCGGAGCUCCACAGGUCAUGCUGCUGCACCCCUCGCAGACCCAUGGUGGACCCCCACAGGGAGGUGUGCCCCAGAGUGGUGUGCCUACCCUUUCAGCCUCCACACCUUCCCCCUACACUUAUAUAAGCCAUCACCAAGUUCAAUCUCAUCCCUCCCAGCAGCUUCCAUUCCACCCCUCUGGGAACUGAUGUCCACGCUUCUCCCUGUGACCUGAGACCCCAGCCAGCUUUGGCUCUGUUGCUGGCCCCAAGCCUGGGCCAGCCCUCAUGCCCAUGGCAAAGGCCCCUGGAGGGGUGCAGUCUGACCCAGCCUGGCCCCCCUCGCCAAGCACCUUCCUUUCCGUUGGUUUAGUGAAACCCACAUGGGGCGCUGUCAGCCAGCGGGACGGAGCAGGGCCCCUUCCCCUUGCCUGGAGAAGGGCAGGUUUCUUUUCUGUUAUUUAUGACUCCAUUCGGGCUCUUAGAGCAAAUGCCACUUUCCCACAUUAACUUGACAAGGACAUGACCAGAUGGACAAACCUUGACUUUUUAUUAAGUAAAAAUAUUUAAAAACUUUAAAAAAAAAUAAAAUUUUAAACUAACUAA